AACGGGGGCUCCGGGCUGGGGGAGUGGACGCCGCUUAAGGAAGAGGCCAUGCCCCACCGGCGGGGCGGGGGCCAGCUGCGCGUCGCGCUCUGCCCCGCCCUGCCCUGGGCGCGGCGCAGUUGGCACAGGCAGCAAAUAAUGGCUUCGGGGAGCGCGGACGGUGCUGGCCGGGGUGGCUCCGAGGCGACGGCGGUCGGGCGGCCCGUUAACGCCGGGGCGGGGGGGCUUCCUCCUUCCCCCCCUCCCUCCCCUCUUGGUUCGGCCCGUCCCGCCCCUCCCGAGCCCGUGACAGGUGGAGCGGCACCCGACGCGUGCGCGCGCCCCCGCCCGCGGCCGUCACGUGGCGCCGCGCGCGCCUCGCGCGAGACUCGCGGCGCGAGGGGUCUCGCGAUGCCUCGGCGGCCCCGGGGCGUGAAGGCGGGGAAGGGCCCGGCCCGGGCUUGGAGCGGCGGGAAAGGCGCGAGGGAGGGAAGGGAAGAGGAAAGCCUGGGAAUUCGGGCUUCUGGGGACGCCUCGCGCUCCUGCCUGUACCUCCCGCUCCUGGCAGCUCUGAUGGUGUCCAUUCGUGUGUAUUCCAAAUGUGGACUGCUGUCAUUUGUAGGAAUAGUCUUGGAAGAUAAGUAGGUAAGUGUCUGCCCUCCCUCUAGGAACCAGAUGUGGCACUUGCCACCUUCCGAAGAACUCGCCUGUUUGAGAGAAGGGGAUCACAAACAAGGAUCUCUGCUCUUCCAAAACUGCAGAGAAGGUGGGAUUUCUUGCAUUUGUCACUAUGCAGGAAUUUAAUGUGUCUGUUGAGAAGCUGAAGAUAAAAUGCUGUGUUUAUAUUAACUUCUCUUCAGAUUGACAAUUGUAACUUUAUAGAACUUGGCCAAUGCUGUCAGGGAGGGGAAAAAAAGCCCCAGCUUUGUGUUUCUUUAGUGGUCUUGUAUGUACUGAGUUAAGGUAAGUUGCUGGGCUGAUACUUUUGUAGCCAACUGGUUUUCUGGCUUGUAGGUAAAAACAAGUAAAUUGCAUUUGUAAACCAGCUCUGAGCAAAGGAUUUCUGUGUAAGCAUUUGAAAAGAGCCAUUUGUGAUGCUGAGUGAACUAGGUGAGUGGAUAUCUUGUUAACUUCUGUAAAUCCUGGGACAGAAUGCAAUAUUAUCCAAAAUACAUUAUUAUCUGAUAUUUUUGUUUUUCUCAUGGAGCAGAGGGUGUCACGUGCUCUUACUGGAUUUAAUUUAGCAGUGUCAUAGAAAAAUCUUUUUGAGAAAGUAUCUGAGAAUUAUUUAUUUUAAAAGCCUCAUCCAUUGUGUAUGUUGCUUUUUGUUAAUGUUCCUGUGGGUGUCUGAAAGGAUAAAACCUUCAGUAACCAAGCUGAAAAUGUCUUUUGGUUGUAGUCUCUCUCUCCUGUCCAUUUCGUACAACAUCUGCCUGGGCAGCCACUUUGAAAAUCGGGUACUUUGCACAAGUAAUGGUGGGUAUUAAAUCUUGUAAUUGUGCAGAGAUGAGACUUUAAAGGUGCAAAUAGCAGAAGUGGCUUUGGGACAGAGUUGGGUUUUGGGUUUGUCAUAGUUAAGGCAGUGGCUCAGGAAGCUCCAUCUUAUACUUACUAAGCCCAGACAAAGACAGUUCUCCAUCGUCCUCUUAACACAGCUCAGGCUUCCCUCAGAGCUAUGGGUGAGUCAGAGGGCAUUUCAAAUAGAAUAAAACGUGAUGCUUGAGUCUGAGGACUGUUGCUGUAGGACAUGCAACUCACCUUUAUAUUCUUCCAUUUUUGAAUGUUCCCAAAAUUAACAGGUGGCACCCUGUUAAUUUGAUGCUUAGGACACAAUGAAUACAGGACAGGCUUGAACCCAAAGCAUGUAAAUGUGUUCAUCGUAUGUAACUGGAAGAUAACACACCAAACUGAAAUUUUCACAUUUUUAAUAUAAAAUGGCUGUUAUCAAGAGGUAGGUUAUGUUCAGAACUUCUCUAGUGGUUUGUGCUCCACUGUCAGU